GCCUAGUUGUGUGGGUUGCUACCAAAUCUUUCGGAUUCGAGCGCCUUCUACAAUUGCCCGUGAUCUCCAGGCGGUAACUGGAACCCACCCGGCCUCACCCCAACCAAGGGCCCAGCCUUUUCAAACCUGUAGCCUCACAGCCCCCUCCAGCUUCUCUCUUCCACACACUCUCAACCUCUUCAACUCCAACAGUCGUUGUCAAUAUCUGCACAACUUCUACACAUAAUACCCCUUCUUACUAGGCCAAUUUGCUAAACGCGAUUGCCUACCUGCGACACAUUUGCGCUUCGCGUGAAUCAACCUACCCCUCAUCCCCCGUCAUAGCUCCCUGCUCGACAAAUUCCCACCAACAAAAUGUCUGCCACCACACAAACUCCUGAGGUUCUCUGGGCUCAGCGCUCCAGCUCAUCAGACGCCUCCAAGAACUUCGUCUACCUGACGAUCACUGUUCCCGAUGUUCCCAAGUCCAGCCUCAAGGUCGACCUGAAGCCUACCGGUCUGUCCUUCAGCGGUACCUCCGACUCUCUGAAGCGCUCGUAUGCCGUUGACCUCGAGCUGUACGCUGAGAUCGACCCCGCUGAGAGCAAGGUCAACCACACUGGCAAGAAUGUCGAAUUCAAACUUCAAAAGAAGGAACUCAAGGAGGAGUACUGGCCCCGCCUGCUCAAGGAGGCCAAGAAGGUCCACUUCCUGAAGACCGACUUUGACAAGUGGGUCGACGAGGACGAGCAGGAUGAGGCUGCCGAGGAGGACUUCUCUCAGUUCGGCGGUAUGGGUGGCAUGCCUGGCAUGGCGGGUAUGGAAGGUCUGGGAGACAUGGAGGAUGAGGAGGAUGAGGAGGAUGACGAUGACAUGCCUGCCUUGGAGGGCGAGGAGGACGACGGCAAGGCCGCCCCUGCCGCUGACAAGGCUGCUGCGAAAUAAGCAGUUUCUUCCUUUAUCACGCACCCCAAGACGACUUUCCCGGCACCUAGGCCAACAUACUUGGCUGCAACGCCCGUGGAUACCGCUCUAGACUAACGACUCUGAAUGUACUCUUUCGAAUCAAAAGACAAAAAGAAAAGACGAUACGUGAUCUUUGGGACUGGUUUCUAUUUAUCUCCAACGAGAA